AAAAAGGACACAAGUGAAUCCAUGUAAACCAAAGCCCAAGCCACCCCAUUCUUCUCAACCAAAAUGGCUACCAUUCAAUCCGAUCUUCGAUGCCUUUUUCUCCACCUAUCAUCCUCCCCACCCUUCCCUUCUCCUUCUUCCUCCACCAUUCGAUUUCUCAACUCCAAUUUCGUCCAAUCUCGCGCCGCCGUACUUCGCCGGACCUUGACCUCCUCUUAUUCCACGGCUUCGUUUCGUUUGAGGGCUUUCUCAUCUAAUGACGUCACCUCUGAUACUUCCGCCGUUAAGAUCGAUGAUAAACCGUCGAUUUGUACUGCUGAUGAACUUCAUUAUGUUUCCGUUCCCAAUUGUGAUUGGAGACUCGCUCUCUGGCGUUACCGACCUUGCCCUAAAGCUGUUCAGAGGAAUCAUCCGCUGUUGUUGUUGUCAGGAGUGGGGACAAAUGCCGUUGGAUACGAUCUUUCUCCCAAGUCUUCAUUUGCUCGUUACAUGUCUCGACAAGGAUUUGACACAUGGAUUCUUGAAGUUAGAGGUGCUGGGUUGAGUCUGUGUGGAUCAAAUACCAAAGAAAUUGAGAAGUCAGCCCAAGCGAAAUCUGAGCAAAUGGAAGCUGCUGCUGAGAGUGUAACUAAUGGAGCUUUAUCUUCCGAACAGAAGUCAAGCAAUGUUCUUAAUACCUUGACUUCUGAUAGCUCUAUUGUUAGAGGAGAAAAGUCUGAUAUGUCAAUGUCUGAUGACAUGAAAAACAUGGCAACAAUGUGGGAUGAAUCAAAAUUGGUGACAAAGUUGACAGACACUUUUAUUCGAUUGUCAGAAAGACUUUCUGGCUUUCUCAGUGAAGGUCAAUCCAAGCUUAUGUCCGCUAAGCUACUUGAUCAAAUUUCAAAACUGCUUCUAGACUCUCAAUUAUCUGAGCGAUUUAAUGAGAUAAGGGAUAGUUUGCUAAACUUGUUCGAGACAAGACAGAAUUCGGGUGUUGCUGGACAAAUUAAGGAUUUGAGUGAGAAGGUUGUAACUAUUGUUGAAGAGGGUCAGCGAUCUGUCUCACCUCAACUGUUUGACUUACAAGAGCGUUUUGCUUCAACCAUAGAAGAUUUUCAGAAUCAACUUGACUUGAUGGUGAAGUAUGAUUGGGAUUUUGAUCACUACCUGGAAGAGGAUGUUCCUGCUGCGAUGGAAUAUAUAAGGUCUGUAAAUAAGCCAAAGGAUGGUAAAUUGCUUGCAAUUGGACACUCCAUGGGUGGGAUCUUGCUUUAUGCUAUGUUAUCACGAUAUGGUUUUGAAAGAAGAGAUCCUAAAUUGGCAGCUGUAGUUACAUUGGCAGCAUCUCUUGACUACACCUCUUCAAAUUCAACACUCAAACUGCUCUUACCCCUUGCAGAUCCUGCACAGGCUCUUAAUGUACCUGUUGUUCCUUUAGGGGCAAUUUUGGCUGCUGCUUAUCCUCUUUCGUCUCGUCCUCCUUAUGUCUUGUCUUGGCUUAAUAAUUUGAUUUCAGCAGAAGAUAUGAUGCACCCAGAGCUAUUAGAGAAGCUUGUCUUAAACAAUUUUUGCACUAUACCGGCAAAGCUUCUUCUACAGCUUACAACAGCAUUCAAAGAAGGUGGAUUACGUGACCGAAAAGGUACAUUCUUCUAUAAAGAUCAUCUGCGCAAAUGUAAAGUCCCUGUCUUGGCACUUGCGGGGGACAAGGAUCUAAUAUGCCCGCCUGAAGCUGUUGAGGAAACUGCCAAGUUGAUUCCCGAUCACCUCGUCACCUAUAAAGUAUUUGGAGAACCUACUGGGCCACACUAUGCUCAUUACGAUUUGGUUGGAGGACGAAUGGCAAUGGAGCAGCUUUAUCCCUGUAUAGUCCAAUUUCUUACUCGUCAUGACUCAACCUGAUUCUCAACACCAAAUUUAACUCCACAUAUAUAUUGACCUCAGAAAACUCGGUAUCUUUACCGCUAUCUAGUUCCUCCUCUUGACUAUAGUUUUUGACUCCCUCACGGACUCUCUUCAUUUAGUACGAAAUUCAGAUGAAGCAUUCCAUGUAGGGACCCUAAAUUGACGAGCACAAAUUCACAUGCUGGACAGAAUGAUUUGCGGGGAGUUUCGCAUGCAUCAGUGCUCUUAUCUCACAUGAUCAUGGAAAUUUAGGUACAGAAACUAAUAUAUCAAACAAAAUUAGAGAAAGGAAACACAGUCUAUAAUCACAUUAGUAGUAUUAGCUCAGUUGUUUACAGAAUUUGUAACAUAUACCAAGUUUGUCAUUAUUGAUAUAUAUAUAAAUAUAUAUAUUAUAGCUUGUUGACAUUUUAAGUCCAAGAGACAAAAAUGAUAACGUCUCAGAAUUUUAAUACGAAAACAUGUUUUCAGAAAGUUGAUCUUACUGCCUCUUAUUUGGGGAGAAGAGUUGAAUUAUUUCUGGGGUAGAGAAAGUGACUGGUCCCCUUCUGUAUGAGCAUACCCUUAUGGACCAUAUUUUUGUUCUUUGUUCAUUCUAUAUAGUUUGGUCAAUUAUAAUUAUAAUUAAUUUUCAUCU